AUGCUGGUCAGCGCGGGCCUGCUGCGGGCUCCCGCCCUGCUGAAGCCCAGGAUCGCGGCUUCCAGGCCUGUUGGAAGGCGCCUUCGGCACGUGCAGGCUUCCCUCGGCGAUGCUCUCGUGCAGGGUGCCAUCUCCUUUGCGGAUGUCCCGCAAGAGGCGCUGCUGGCUGGCGGCGCGGUGGUGCUGGCAGCCAUUGGUGGCAUUGCCUAUGCGGUGGCACAGUCGCAGGAGGGCGGCACCAUCUGGCAGGCGGGGCGGCAGGGCGGCGGCAGCGGCGGGUUUGGUGGCAAGCUGCCCCGAGAGGACGCUGUGCUGGUGUUUGGAGCCACGGGGCGCAUGGGGCGCACCGUGGUGCAGGAGUUGCUGGCGCAAGGCCGCACGGUGGUGGCGGCGGUGCGCUCCCCCGGCCGCGCCCGGGACGUGUUUGGCAAGGCGGGGCUGGUGGAGGGGCGGCAGCCGGGCGGCGCCGGCAUUCUGUUUGUGGAGAGCGGCGUGGACAUCACCAACCCGGACACGCUCAGCCCGCUGAUGUUUGAGGGGGUCAGCCAGGUGGUGACGGCGGUGGGCGCCGUGUUUGGACGCACCGCCGAGGGGCAGAUGGGCUACCUCGACGACAUGACCUCCGAGCGGGUGGAUGCUGCGGGCGUGGCAAACGUGGCGGCCGCCGCCGCGGCGUGCCUGGACCCUGCCGAGCGCCGCUCGGAGGGCGUGGUGCGCAUGCGGUCGGCGGAGGACCUGCAGAAGUGGCAGAGGCUGGACGAUGUGAUCAUGGGCGGCAAGAGCUCCAGCGGCCUGGCGGCGGCAGAGGACGGCAGCGGCGCCGUCUGGACAGGCGAGCUGAUUGUGGAUGGCGGCGGCUUCUGCGGGGCCCGCACCAAGCCCGAGCCUCUGGACCUCUCCGCCUACGACGGUAUUGCUCUGCGGGUCAAGUCGGACGGCGGGCAGACGUUCAAGCUCAACAUCAAGACCGAAGCCCAGUCUGAGGUUCCCGAGGACACCUAUCAGGCCACCUUCGACACCAACCCGGGCGGCGACUGGACCUCUGUGUUCAUCCCCUGGCACGAAUUUGUGCUGGUCAAGCGUGCCCGCACCGUGCCAGGCGCCCCACCCAUCGACCCCGCCCGCAUCCGCCAGUUUGGCCUGGUGUACAGCAGGUUCGAUUUCAACGGCUUCCCCAACCCGCGGUACCGCGCCGGCAAGUUUGAGCUGGCCAUCGAGGGCGGCAUCCGCGCCUACAGGGACGCCCGCCCCCAGCUGCUCAUGGUCUCCUCAGCGGGCGUGGAGCGCAACGCCAAGGUGGGCAACGACGAGGAGGCGCGCAAGAAGGACAUCCCCAUUGUGCAGCUCAACCCCGGCGGUGUGCUGAACCACAAGUACACAGGCGAGGCGGCGGUGCGUGCCUCUGGCCUGGCCUACAGCGUGCUGCGCCCCACCGGCCUCACAAACGAGUCUGAGCCGGGAGACUUCCUGCUGGAGGCUGGCCAGGGCGACCGCAUCAGCGGGCGCAUCAGCCGAGAGGAGCUGUCGACGGUGGUGGUGGCGGCGCUGGGCACCCCCGCCGCCGCGGGCAAGACGCUGGAGCUGCGGCGCCAGGAGUCGGCGGAUGCCGCGGGCAAGAAGAUGAGCCAGCAGGACAAGCUGAGGCUGUUCCUGGGCGCCGCCGAGGACCGGCUGCGGCAGAGGGUGGGGCUGGAGCCCUUCCCCGCGCCCGUGGCUCCCCCAGCCCCAGUGAGCGAGGAGCGCAAGAAGGAGAUUCUGUCUGAUGUGCGGGUGAUCAAGUCUGUGGCUGCGGGCCGCGGCGGGCGCGUGCGGGACGAGAAGGAUGCGGCGCAGGCCAGCAGCAUCACGGUGACCAGCGACGGGCGGGAGAAGGUUGCCGCGGCAGCUGGCGGCGCGCCCGCCAACGUCGCCGAGGCGCGCGCCUGGAUCGCGGCCUGGAAAGCCAAGCAAGGCGGCACCGCCGAGGCAGGCGGUGAGGAUGUGCCCGCCAACGUGGCCGAGGCGCGGGAGUGGAUCCGGCGGUGGCGGGCGGCGACGCUGGAGAAGAAGCUGCCUGCCGCGGCCAAGGUGUGA